GCGGAAGUGCGGAGGGAAUGCGGGAGGGGGGCUCGAUGGCGGGGGAGGGGCCGCAAUUUGGCAGUGGCGCCAAGUUGAGUGUACUGUUUCUGGGACAAGCGCGCAGGAUAGCUGCGGGGACAUCGGCGGGGGAGCGGUGGUGUAGGGGAUGGGCCUGCGGCAUUUCCUUUACUUGACGCGCGACGGACACCAUCGCCAGUCGCGAGGAAGUCGACUCCGGAUAGUGCGUUCUACGGGAAUAUCCGCAUCAAGGACGAUGACGGGACACCGUGGCAGCUCCGCCUUCACCAUCACUCCAUACCGUACGCCCGAGCCGUCAGCUCGGAAGCCGUCGUCUUCUUUCUGUCAUCUCUCUGCCAUAGUCACGCCUUGGCUGCCCACAGGGCAACGACACGGCCGGCAACGAAGGACCGACAAUGCAUUGGGGUAGGUCGGGAUCGGGUCCCUGGCCUGGAAGGCUCCGCGGCACGUCGGCCGGAUAGCGGCGCGCUCAUUUGGGGGGGGGGGGGGAAAGGGAAGAGGUUGGCUGGGGGGGGGGGGGGGGGGGGGGGGGGGGGGGGGGGGGGGGUUGGGGGGGGGGGGGGGGGGGGGGGGGGAGAUGGGAAGAAGAAGGAGAGUGAGGCGGAGAGGGCGGACUAAGGGUGUCUCGCUCAAGCGAGACGGAAGGACUUGAGCACGGACGGACGGACGGACGGGAGGAGGGAGAUGUGAAGCGAGGCACUGAAGUGGCUGCGGUAAAGGACAGAAAAAAGAGAGAAGGCAACGGAGAGGAAAAGGAAAGCAAGUGGGAGAAGCAGAAGAUCGAGCGAGGAGGGGAGACAGCGAGGGGAGGACAGACAAUAGUUCCGUCGUCGGUCUCGCGCGCUUAUCGCGUGAGAUUGAAACGGGUGGAUGGCCGGUGCGUGUGUGCUUCUUCUGUUCUUUAGGGCGUUAGCGGACGGUUGGGUGUGUUGUCGUUCGCAUCGGCUCUGCUCGAUGUCGGGGAUGGCGCGGCAAGUGUUUGCCUCUCUUUCUAGGAGAGGGGCGGAGGUGUUAGGUGGGUGAGCGGUCUGAAGCAGAGGGGGCAGCGGUAGCUCCGGCUCGAACGAAGGGGAAAACGAUAUUUCUUACCGGCAGACACGAAUUUUGAGAGUGUGACCAUCGAAGGGGAGGAAGCAGACGCAUCACAAGCUUCUUCGAUUUGGAGGCGCGCGAGCGCGCGUCCUCGCCUACAUUCAGUCCAAGAGGAAAUAUCAUUGUGCGAGAUAUAGAUUCGGUCUCACGGCCUUUCCUCAAAAGUGCUUCAAUCAUGAAUCGGUAUAAAAUAAUUAAGCAGUUGGGGGACGGGACGUAUGGGAGCGUGUGGAAGGCAGUGAAUAGGCAAACAAAUGAAGUCGUUGCCAUUAAGAAGAUGAAGAGGAAGUUUUACUCAUGGGAGGAGUGCAUGAAUCUCCGGGAAGUGAAGUCCCUACGAAAGCUGAAUCACCCGAACGUUGUGAAGCUGAAGGAAGUCAUCCGGGAAAAUGACGAGCUGUACUUUGUCUUCGAGUUCAUGGAAUACAAUCUCUACCAAAUGAUGAAGGACAAGGAUAAAUACUUUCCAGAAUCGAAAGUCCGAAACUGGUGUUAUCAGGUGCUCCUUGCGUUGGCAUAUAUGCACAAGCAUGGCUAUUUUCACAGGGAUCUUAAGCCAGAAAAUCUUCUGGUGACGAAGGAUGUAAUCAAGGUGGCUGAUUUUGGACUUGCAAGGGAAGUUCGCUCCCGGCCUCCAUAUACAGAUUAUGUAUCCACUCGAUGGUAUCGUGCACCUGAAGUGUUGUUGCAGUCGUCAAGCUACAGUGCACCCAUCGAUAUGUGGGCCAUGGGAGCAAUUAUGGCAGAACUUUUCACGCUCAGGCCACUCUUCCCGGGAGUAAGCGAGGCGGAUGAGAUUUACAAGAUCUGCAGCGUGUUAGGGACGCCAAGUGUGGAGACGUGGCCAGCUGGCAUGAAGCUUGCUGCUUCCAUGAACUUCCGUUUUCCACAGUUCGCUGCUACUCAUCUGUCAGUGCUGAUUCCAAAUGCAAGUCCAGAGGCCAUCGACUUGAUGACGGUCAUGUGCUCUUGGGACCCUAGCAAGAGGCCAACUGCUGCGCAAACAUUGACACACGCAUUUUUCCAGCCAAUAACACUGAAGCUGACUCUAGGACCUUCUCUGGUGCGAAGAGACACUCGUCAUCCAUAUGGAUAUGAUGGGCAAGAGAAUAUUUACAAUGACGAAGUGCAUUCUGUCAGCCGGGCUGAUACAGAGGUCUCUGGAGGUGUGGAUGAGGUUUCUACAGUCUUGGAGACUGCCCUCCCUCCACCAACCAAGUACGCUGUUCCUGUGCCAGCGAUGGGAAUGCCGCCCAAGAUCAUCCCAAUGAAGCAAGUACGGUCGCUUCUCAAGCCCUUGCCUAUACAUGAAAAUGCUCCAUUGCCAUAUCAAGCAGCCUAUGCCUGCCCAGGUCGCUACCGUCCUUGUCUUCCACCUUUGGCGUCUGGCAGGAGUAACGCGAAUAGUGCAAUUGUGUUGAACGGGGGGAGCAAGAGUACACUUCCGGCUCCGUAUUCGAUGAGGAAUGGAGUUCAGCCGGCAGGUGGUGGGACCUUGCCACAAUCUUAUGGCUUCAGAGGCCAGUUGGCACCGAUGUUCACACAACCGGUUGGCGGCCCGGUGACAUACGGUGGGGCAUUUGCAAGCAACUCCUAUCGGUAUGAUGCAAGGAUGGGAGCAGCAAAUCGCAGGUACUAGAUGGAGUAGGUGGGUGAAGCUCGAAUCGUGUCCGUCUCAGAAGGGUGGUUAUCUGAUUGGAUGCAAAUUGCAGAUGGGGAAUGGCAUGGAAAAGCUGCGUCAUGGUGCCUGUGAGCGCGAUGGGUUCGACAGUUGUAUGGUGUUACGGCGAAGGGGAUGACCUGCUUCUGGUCGUGUCAGGUGGAGAAACGAUUGCAGGAAAAAGAUGGGAGGAGGGACUUGUCGAGUAGUAGUACGUACAUUGUAUAGGAAAAAGAUGGGAGGAGGGACUUGUCGAGGAGUAGUACGCACAUUGUAUAAAGAAGGAUAAGAGCACAAGGCGAACUUGCUCUCCCCUCUUCUCUCCAGUCCCCUUAUCUCCUGCUCUGUAGGCCAAGAAACUGGCAGCCCCUCCCUUUUGAGACUUUCUUCAGUGGAUGAUACGGAAGAUGGGCUUCGUCCAAUCCAUCGCAUCGCAUCGAGGGGGGGCUUCGUCCAAUCCACAUCGCAUUGCAUCACAUCGAAGGCAGUGGAGAGUGGCAGCUGUUUUCAAGCUGCCGGAAUAGGAAAGGUGCAUUUGAGUGUUUUGCCUGGAGAUGGCUUUGAAGGCUUUGGCUUGGGGAGAAUGGACAACGAAGGGUGAUGGGCGUGGACGCCGUCGAGCAACAGGUUGAUGGCAGAAGAGCACUGACAAUUCUCUCAGGUGAGAUUUGAACUGGUCUGAGCAUGAAACGUAUCUUUGCCUUCUAGUGUGUUCUCAGAAAGAGAUCAUUUCUGCAGGUGCUAGCGACACUGUUUGCUUUUCUAGUGUGGUUACUGUACUCAGCAGUGGAGUUGGAAGGAUGUACAAGUUUCGCAACGGGACCAGAUAGACGACGGGUUUGCGUGUGAUUCGCAUGAAUGGGACUGUGCUGCCGGUUGUAGAAUGGGAGUGUAACUUUCACCGAUUGGGAGUGUGUUAAAUUUCAGCCACUGUUCUUCAACUGGUGGAUGAAGCAACUGGGUACCUGGAGUGCUGAUGACAAGACCGGUCCGUAAGGAGAGCGCCCAUUUGGGUUUGGAAUCAGUGUAACAGCAGACGGGUGGGUAUGUCUUUUCUGACCGCACAACGAGAUUGCCAUGUCGCUAUCUUUCUUCAGACUGCAAUCGGAGAUUGGCAUCUGGGUAUUUGUCUUCUGAGUGCAACGAGAUCGGCUAUAACGUGUUUGCCUUGAGACAUUAUGACUUUUCUUUCUUGAAGAGCUCCGAAUCUUGGGACUCGCUGGAGCGUGCGGUAAGUUGGGCGUUUUGUUGAACUGUAAUCGAAAAUGGAAUCGAACUGUAAUUCAUGGCGUUAUUUUUAGACCUGCAUACAUACCGCUGUCACUGUGGAUAUAAUUAGCUGUGAGCUCUGGACGAGAGGCGGCGUUAUAUUUAGACCUGCAUACAUACCGCUGUGCAUAUAGUUAGCUAUAAGCUCUGGACGCGAAGCGGUGUCGAUUCUCAGGACUUCUCCGCACCAAUCGAGGUACAGUUCUGCUCGUUCUAUUGGUGGUGUUGGGAUUCGGAGUCCACCAGAUCGGUUGCUGUUCUGAUGACAAGGGAGCAGGGGAGCUGACCGCAAUGUUUUGCUGUAAUAGGCCGAAUCCACAGGAAGAUGGGGGAAAAAACAGGGGACUGAAAAACAAAUCCCGCGUAUGAUUCCUCUGCUUUAGCUUUGGUUGUUGUUGAUGUGCAGUGUUGAGGAGAAAUGUUUCUGCUGAUCUUUUGAGCGCUAAUCUAAACAGAGAACUCCCUAGUGUUUGCACACGUUCGUUUUUGCUUUUUUGUUUUGUGCCUGAUUUAAUGCAUUUCAUUUCGUUUUGUUUUGCUACCGCCGGCCAAGUAUUUUGUUUUGCUGUGCUUAAGAUUGCACCAAGGGGAUAAACGUUGCAAUGACUGAGAUGGCUUUCUACGUGAAGAUCUUCUCCCUCUCCCUCUCUGCCUACUGUUUACAUGGCAGCUCUGUUUGACGAUACAUGGUAGGAUGUCAUUUCUUUUC